CGCCGUCACCCCCGCCUCACUCCCUUCCUUCCAUAACCUCGUCUUCAUCAUGGGUGGUGGACCUGCCAUCGCUGGUGUUGCUCACGACGGCUUCCUCCAGUAUGUCGACCCGAACAGAAAGUGGUACAGCAACAGACGGCUCCUCAUCCUCAAUGCGUGGAUUUUCCUCCUCCUCAUUACGUCCUCGACGAACGGUUACGACGGCUCACUCAUGAACUCAUUCGAGUCGCUACCCCUCUGGCAGAGCUAUUUCGGCAAGCCUCAAGGUGGCAAACUCGGUCUGCUCAAUGCCAUCCAAAACAUUGGCGCUUUGGCAGCCUACCCCUUCGCGCCCUACCUUUCUGAUGGCCUUGGGCGUAGGCUCACUGUCUGGAUCGGUGCCGUCAUCAUGUUGGCCGGUGUUGCCGUCCAGGGUGCCGCCACCCACCUCAACAUGUUUUACGCUGCUCGUUUCGUGAUCGGCUUUGGUCUCACUUUCGCCACUAACGCGGCGCCUUUGCUGGUGACGGAGAUUGCCUACCCGACUCACCGCCCGCAGCUGACGGCGCUGUACAACUCGCUCUGGUACUCUGGUAAUAUUGUCGCAUCGUGGACCUGCUUCGGUACCGAGUUUAUCAAGAACAACUGGUCAUGGCGUAUCCCAUCGAUCCUGCAGGGUCUCCCGUCCGUCUUCCAGUUCUUCCUCAUCCUCCUGGGCCCCGAGUCGCCGCGUUGGCUCGUCAGCAAGGGCAAGGAGACGCAAGCGCUCAGGACGCUCGCGCACUACCAUUCCGACGGCGACGAAACCGACGCGCUCGUCCUGUACGAGUUCAACGAGAUCAAGGCCGGGAUCGAACUCGAUCGCACGGUCACCUCCAACGUCGGUUGGUCGGCGCUGUGGUCGACACCUGGCAACCGGCGCCGCAUGACCAUUAUCAUCGCGAUGGCCUUCUUCUCGCAGUGGUCCGGUAAUGGCCUCGUCUCCUACUACCUGAACCAAGUCUUCAAGACGAUCGGUAUCACAAACACCACAAUCCAGCUGCUCAUCACUGCCAUUCUCGCUAUCUGGAACUUGUUCUGGGCCGGCCUCGCUUCGUUCCUGGUCGAGCGUGUCGGUCGCCGCAUUCUCUUCCUUACAUCCGGGCUGGGCAUGCUCUUGUUCUUCACUCUACAGACCAUCUGCUCUGCGCAGUAUGCCCUGCACCAGAACAGCGCGGCGGCGCACGCCGUCAUUGCAUUCAUCUUCCUGUUCUACGCAUCCUACGAUCUUGCCUUCACCCCUCUGAUCGUCUCCUACACCAUCGAGAUCCUGCCGUACACGCUGCGUGCCAAGGGUUUCAACAUCUUCAACUUCUCCAUCUCGGUCUCGAUCAUCUUCAACCAGUACGUGAACCCGAUCGCGCUCGGCAAGCUCGGCUGGAAGUACUACAUCGUGUACUGCUGCUGGCUCGCGUUCGAGUGCGUCUUCCUCUUCUUCUUCAUCGUCGAGACCAAGGGCCUCUCGCUCGAGGAGACGGCUGCGCUCUUCGACGGCGAUGACGCGACUCGCGCGAUCGGCAACGCGACGCACGAGAUCCGCCACGACGACCUCCACGACGAGAAGGCCUCGGGCUCGUACACGCCACCGAACGAGCUCAAGGCCUAGGCGUUCCGUGCCUCCUUUUUCUCCCUCGGCGCUGUUCGUAAUUUUGUAGUCAAGUUUUUUCUCUCACGUCUGUAACAUGACACUCACACGGCACAUCUACGCUAUACUACUAUUUGCUCCACAUCCCACGAAGCUUGCGCUUGCGCUUUUGCUUUUUUUCUUUGCCUCUUCGGACAUAAACCCUACCGAGAGGUUGUACACUAGGCACGAAAAAAAUACCCAUCGCUCGUAAUACCGAAUUUCU